ACACCACCAGCGUCUCUCUCUGCUCUCUCCCCCCUCUGCGGCUCGACCUGCUGGCGCUGCAGUGAAUCUCUCCCCCGCUGUCAGAAGCCGUGAAGUCAGACAGCCGAUGGUCGCUGUUUGACCGUUCGAGAGUCAGAAACCGCGUUGAAACAUCGUCUCUCUCUGAGCGUAUCGACCCGCUGACGGAGCUUUAAAUAACUCAGCCCAGCAGCUUAAGACGCCCUGACGACAAAAUGGGAAAUGAAGCCAGUUAUGCUUUGGACAUGUGCUCGCACUUUGAUGCAGAUGAGAUUAAGAGGCUGGGGAAGAGAUUUAAGAAACUCGACCUGGAUAACUCCGGCUCCCUGAGCGUGGAGGAGUUCAUGUCCUUACCGGAGCUCCAACAGAAUCCCCUCGUGCAGCGAGUCAUCGACAUAUUCGACACCGACGGAAACGGGGAAGUGGACUUUAAAGAGUUCAUCGAAGGAGUCUCCCAGUUCAGCGUCAAAGGGGACAAGGAGCAGAAGCUGCGCUUUGCCUUCAGGAUCUACGACAUGGACAAAGACGGCUACAUAUCCAACGGGGAGCUCUUCCAGGUCCUCAAGAUGAUGGUGGGCAACAACCUGAAGGACACCCAACUCCAGCAGAUCGUCGACAAAACCAUCAUCAACGCAGACAAAGACGGGGAUGGCAGGAUAUCCUUCGAGGAGUUCUGUGCUGUCGUUGGUGGAUUAGACAUUCACAAGAAGAUGGUGGUGGACGUCUGACAACUUCUGUUGGUCCUCCAUUCACUGAAGAUCUGCUUGAAGACGUCGUCCAGCGAACGUCCCUCCUCCCUGUUCUCCCCCGUCCCUCUCCCCCGUCCCUCUCCCCUGUCCCUCCUCCCUGUCCUCCCCGUCCUCCCCCGUCCUCCCCCGUCCUCCCCCCGAGCCUUCUGAAGCCAAACUUUGACCAAGUAUUGUUGAACAGGAACUCUCAGUGACUCGACGUCGCACUUUAGAAGCUGACAAGCGGCUUUUGAACGGUUUCGGCGACGGUUUCAGUUUGGUGGAGGAACGCUGGAGUGUGUAUGCGUGUGUGUGUGUGCGUGCGUGCGUCUGUGUGUGUGUGUGUGUGUACUGUAUGUUUUCCAAGGUAUGUGGGUUUUUUAUAUUUAUUUUGGUGUCAUUUCCUUGAGAAUCACAGUCUAUCUUAAAGGCGUUGGGUGGUUGAGUGUAGUCAGCGGUGAACAGCACAAACAGCAUGAAGUGCCAACAAAACUUCCCAACAUGCAGUACAAGUACACGCUAAGUCCGUGUCUUUACUUUAGACGUUUAACUGUGCUACUGGAUGCAGUUUCAGGCUGCAGUGUUGCGUCACUCUGAGACCAGCUUCAUGUCAGUCGCUGUGGUUGCAUGUUUUUCACUGCUGCUCUUCGGCUUACACGACCGUUCAGGUCGGACAGCUGAAACAACGACUGACAGGAGCUUCAUUUACAAGUCGGGAACCGAUCAGCGCGGCGACCCGGACAGGGACGAGCGCCUCGCGUCGACCUGAAUCUGUUUAAAACGAGAUUUACUGCAGGAACAUUCGUGGAAAACGACCGUUUGUCCGCAGGGUUUUCACGUUUCGCUUGAUGACGCUUUAGAUGCCACAUGCAGAAACGUUCAUUCAGCUGUUUAGUUUUCAAUAGUUCUGUAACGCCUGCGAGACCCGGCGGAGACGAGACCGUAACGUGAGCUGAAACCGUCACAUCUUUACGCUCUAAGUUUUGUUUUGGAAAGGAGCGAAGCCGAGCAGGAGAAAAAGAAAACGCUAAAAGCUGCUGCGGGAAAUCUGACUUUCCUGCCUGAAACGGACGACUUGUGAUGUGUUUGCAUGACGUGUGAACUGAUCUCCUCCGUCUGCCUGUUUGCAUGCAGAUCAGGUUUUUAUUAAAGUUUACCCGAUUGGUCUCAAAAAUUUAAUGAAAUGAGUGAAAUGUGUUGCAAAUGCGAACAAUGUGCUCUGUGCAUGCAGGAGUUUGUGGUUGUUUCACGUGCACUGAAAAUGCGUCAUUUGCUGUGAGGUGGAAUAUUUCAGUUUUCUACAGUUUAAUAAAAUCUAAAAUGAGUUGUGAAAGAGUUUUUGGUGCAUGUUUAAUUAAAGCUACUUUAAAUAGAACUUUAGCUGUUUCAUAUUUUAACUGUUGUGUUAUGAUCGCAUCCCGUCGUUCAUCCGUUUUGUGUUUCGGUAAUUUUUGCAUUUCGGAGUUUUGGCUCAUUUCAUGAAAUUCGGUGAGACCGUGUUGUGUUUACAUGUUGAUGGUGAUCAAUUAAACACGAACAUUUCAAGCAAGUAGAUGUUGCCAGUAAAAGGUUUAAACGUGGAAAUCACUGUAACCAUUAAGGUUUUUUAAGGCGCCUGCCACUCGCUCUGCACUUGGUUUUUUUCCUUUUAUUCUUUGGGUUGAUAAAGUUUUUGUUCGUUGGUGUCAAAGCUUCCCGCCUGUUUGAUUCCAGGUCGGUGCUGAAAUGUCUUCUGUUGGUUUAAAGGGACGUUUGUGAAGGAUUCAGUCUUAGAUUUUUACUCCUGAUUUCAUCUCUACUGCAUCACUGAAACUUCAUACAAGUGAGAAAUAAACUGAAAGUUGUUACAAA